AUGACUACCCCAAAGAAGAAGACCACCAAGACGACCGAUGCUAGCCCGUCCGGCAGCCUCAGCACCCCAGGUGCCCCCGGUAACCCCGGGAGCGACUCCGAUGGACCGCCCUCGCCUACCGUCCAGGAGGCUUAUUUCUUCCUGAGCAUCCUCCGGAACCAGGUGAACAAACCCGAAACCAACUGGGACGCGGUCGCCGAGGAGAUUGGUUUCAAGAAUGCCGAGACCGCCAAGGUCCGCUUUGGCCAGAUCAAGCGCAAGCUCCGCUUCUCUACCCCAGCCACUGCCAAGGUCACCCCUCGUAAGCGCGGUCCCAACGGUUCCGCCCAGGACUCCGUCGAGAAGAAGCGCAAGACCGCCACCCCCAGGAAGGGCCAGGGCAAGGGCGCCGCCGCCGCCGCUGCCAAGGCCGCCGCUGCCGCUGAGGCUGCCGCUGCCGCUGAGGCUGCCGCUGCCGCUGAGGCCGCCGCCCCGGACGACGGCCUGACUGACACUGACGCCCCGGGUGAGAACGACAUCCCGGUCUAUGGCGACCUGGAGUACUACGAGGGCCUGGAGAGCACCCCGGCCGACGAAUAUUCCGAGACCCCUGAGGAGAUGCUUGCCUGGGAGGCGGCCCGGGCCCAGAUGGAGCAAGCUCGCGCCUACAACGAGGAGAUUUAG